CGGGGAGGAAGAAGCUACAAGGAUGGCGAUGGAGCUAGAAUGAAAGACCCCGGCUGAAUGUGGGAAAUAUGUUUCGGAAAAGAUUGUGAGAUAUCCAGAGCGAAGAUUUGGACCGCAAGGCAUCCAGGCUGAAAAAGUUGCCGAGCAAGAAGCAUCGUGUGGCUCGGAAAAGUUGCUGAAGUUACAUCAAAAUCUUCCCAGAGGAGGGAUAUUUGCGCAAUGGCACGCACAUAGGAGAAAGACAAAAACUUUUGGGGUAUAUCUUUGGGGAAAGUGUGUUUCUCGAGGCGCACCAAGGACGUUUAAAGUCGCCGCUGUAUCCGACGCAGGGAGAUAAGAUUGUAUCUCUCGAUCUGUAUCCUGUCCGUGCUGCCGGAGGGCGAUGGGGGCCGCGCCGGGCUCCGGCUGGGAGGAGGGCGAGUUUGAGUUCAAGUUGGUGUUUGAGGAGGACCCGCCGCCGCGGCAGAGCCAGGGGCCAUCCCCGGUGCGCACAGCCGAGCCGGAGAGCUCCGUUCCCGGGGAGGAGAGUGAGUGCGCCCUACUGCACCUGGAGUCCUCCAGCAGCAGCAGCAUGGUUACAGAUAACCACCACUCAAUUAGCAUCCCAAGCCCGCCACCCUCGGCCAAUCAGCGAGCUGGGAUGCAUUCCCCACCUCCACGGAGGGCCCCCACCAGAGAAUUCAGUGGGACCUAUGAGAGUUUGCCGGCACGCUCUGUACAGGUUUCAGAGUCUCGUGUUGUUGAGUGUCCAAGCAUCCAGAUCACCACCAUCUCCCCUGAGGAUGACGUAGCACCCUCCAUUUCUAGUUACUGGGACAUGGGUGGCGGUGGCGGGUGGGACCGAGAGCGCCUCUACCUCCCCCUGCUGGACCCCUUUACUUACCGUGACAGAUGCCCGGGCUCCCUCAGCCACAGCCCCAGUCCUGGCUCUAGCCCCUCCUCCCGAGGCUGGCUCAGCCCCGCCUCCAGCUGCGACUCCCUGCUGGUGGAGGAGGAGGAGCUGAACGAGGCUACAAUCAAUUUUGGGCUCUCGCCAUCCUCAAGGCCAACGUCCCCUGGGGGUAAAAAGCGUAGAAAUUCUCCCCUGAUCUCCCCUUGUACUUCAAGGAGGGGUAGUUACUCAGAGGAACUGCAGGGAUGUAACCUUGAGGGUGGAGACUCCACCAAUCAGUCUCAAGCUCCGCCCAGCAGCUGUGAGCUCAGCAUCCCACAGAAAACCAGGAAGACGUCGUUGGAACAGUUGUCUCCCAGGGAGGUGGAUCAGGAGCAGGCUCCAGGCCACAGCUCCCCCUGCCCGCUGCCAGAGACCCAGCACACAAGGAGAGAGCCCCCUUCGCUGGGCAUGGACUACCUCUCUGUGCCCCCCGCUCUAGCCUGGGGCCGCACCCGAGCCAGUGCCCACAGCCCUCUGUUCAGGUCAAAUGCUCUGCCGCCACUCGACUGGCCGCUGCCAUCCCAGUUUGACCAGUAUGAGCUGCGAAUUGAGGUGCAGCCUCGACCACACCACAGAGCCCACUAUGAGACAGAGGGGAGCAGAGGAGCUGUCAAGGCCACACCAACAGGACAUCCUAUUGUCAAGCUGUGCGGCUACACAGAGAGGAAGCCGCUCUCCCUUCAGGUUUUCGUCGGAACAGCAGACGACCGAUCGAUCAGGCCACAUCCUUUCUAUCAGAUACACAGGGUGACAGGGAAGAUGGUGGGUACUGCCAGUCAUGAAAGCGUCCAGGCGGGGACCAAACUACUGGACAUCCCCCUCAACCCUGAGAACAACAUGACUGCACUCAUCGACUGUGCAGGGAUUCUGAAGCUGAGGAACUCUGACAUCGAGCUGAGGAAAGGAGAAACAGACGUCGGAAGGAAGAACACUCGCGUCCGUUUGGUGUUUCGUACCCACCUCCCUCUAGCGCCCCCUGUAGCUCCGCCUGGUCGAGUCCUGGCUCUGCAGGUAGCCUCCCUGGCCAUCGAGUGCUCCCAGCGUUCAGCUCAGGAGCUGCCCGUCAUUGAGUCUGUCAGUCUGACUUCCUGCUCUGUGGAGGGAGGAGAGGAGCUUCUGCUGAGUGGCUCCAACUUCCUGCCAAUCUCCAGAGUCCUUUUCAUGGAGAGAGGGACAGAUGGUAAACUGCAGUGGGAGGAGGAGGCUCAUGUCGACCGUGACAACAGCAAUGAGUGUUUGUUGUGUGUGAGGGUGCCGGCGUACAGUGACCUGUCCGUCAGUCGGCCAGUGUCAGUUAGUCUUUACGUCUCCAAUGGGAAGAGGAAAAGGAGCAGCACUCACUGCUUCAAAUAUCUCCCCAUUAUGUUCAAAGAGGAGGACCCGUUGCUGUCCCGGCCGUCUGUGCUGCCUCUGGAUGGGGGGACUGUGUGUCCUGUUGGGGGUCAACCCAGGAUGGACAGGGGCUUCCACACGAGAGGCGACCCCAUGGCUGAUGAUCGAGGCCUGGGCUUCCACCUGCCCCCUUACCCCUCCACCUACUCCCCUCCCUGUCCCACUAUGGGUUACCAUGAGGAGUACUGCUCCAAACCCGACGCUGCAGUGGAGGAGCCCGGCGGGUCCAGGGCAGCCCUAUCUGAGCGUCAACCCAGCUUUGAGAACCUGGAGCUGGGCUUCACUGAGCUCCUUCCCCCCCUGUACCCCCGCGGCCCGCAGCCUCCCUCCCCCUCUCCUUCCCCGUGGCUGGACUCACCGUACCUUUCCUCCUCACCUUCUCCCUCCCACUCCUCCUCUCUCAGCCCGUUUCCUGCCGGCAGUCCCAUCUCGACCUCCCCUCUGCCUCCCAUCCCCACCUCCCCCUACCCCCAGUACUCUGCUUAUCCUCAGGAGGUGUGUCCCUCUCCUCCCUCCAACCCCAGCCCAUAUCAGGACAUGUGCCCGGCACCCUACUCCCAUUACGAGGGCUGGGACCCCCAGGGAAGGGUGCUGGGGAUGGGACAUGGGGGAGAGAGGGAUGCCAAGAUCCAGGAGUGCCCCCUAGAGUUUACCAGCUCUUCUAUGCACCACAUUACAUUUGAAGAAGUGUCGGAGUUCAUCGGGGAGGACAUCCAGUCUUACCAGUCAGGCUCACAGAUGGACAACCAGCCAAAUUGAGCUCAGAGCAGCUCAUUUCCUCCUGUUUGAUAUUCAUUUUAAAUCCAUUAUGCACUUGGUAUUAAGAUGCAUCGCUCCUGUUUCAUGUGAUAUUGACAGGAGGAUUUGAUAACCAGGACACUGUUGUAAUUAUGACCACAGGUAACAGUUUUUAUGUGGUUUUAUAAAGGGAAAACAUGUUUUCAAUAUAAAUUAUACAAACAA